AGGAAGUGCUUUGAUCUUCAGCAGCAGGAGAAGAAGAAGAAGAGACGCUUCCUGCAAGAGAGAGAGGAGGAAGAGAGAGAGAGAGAGCGAGAGAGAGCGAGAGAGAGAGAGCGAGAGUGCGAGAGAGGAGCUCCGGGAGUUACAGCGGGAGUUUCCGAUCAGCGCAGCCGGACAGAGACGCCCCUCCUCGGCCUCAGAUCUCACGGCGAUGGCGAGGCCGAGCCACAGCGAUCACGUCCUCCAGCAGCUCAACAACCAGCGCGAGUGGGGCUUCCUGUGCGACUGCCUCAUCGCCAUCGGGGACAUCUACUUCAGGGCGCACAAGGCCGUCCUGGCCGCCUGCAGCUCCUACUUCAGGAUGAUGUUCAUCCGGGACCAGCAGGGGGCGGGGCGCCUGGACCUCAGCAACAUGCAGAUCAGCGCCGAGUGCUUCGACCUCAUCCUGCAGCUCAUGUACCUCGGCCGCAUCGUGGUGGGCAGCUUCGAGUUCGAGGAGCUGAAGGCCUCCAUGGCGUACCUGCAGAUGUACUACAUCCCCGACUCACUGGAGGACCUCCGAGACAUCAGGAGCUCCAACCCAACCCCGUCUUCCUCCGCCUCCUCGUCCAGUUCCUCUUCUGGCACCACCGCCGGGAAAAUGAUGUUCGGAGUGCGCAUGUACGAGCAGCCACCAGCUGCACAGGAAGUGGAGACCUUACCCAAAGCUGCCAGCAGGCCGGCGGAGGAGGUGGCUAACGCUCCUCUGAAGGUGGCUAACGCUCCUCUGAAGGUGGCUAACGCUCCUCUGAAGGUGGCUAACGCUCCUCUGAAGAUGGCUAACGCUCCUCUGAAGAUGGCUAACGCUCCUCUGAAGAUGGCUAACGCUCCUCUGAAGCUGGCGCCGCCGCUGGGGGACGGAGCAGCCGAUCAGCCAUGUGACUUGAGGAAGAGGCCCGGCGGCAGGAGUUCGGCUCUCAAAGACCGCCCUCGGUUCGGCCGCACUUACACCUGCGACGACUGUGGCUUUGUCUUCAGCUGCGAGAAACUUCUGAUCGAGCACAUCCUGACCUGCACCAACCGGAAGGCCUUCAGUCAGCCGAGAGGCAACGUGGAGGGGGAGGCAGAGAGCUCCGCCUCCGAGAGCACUGAGGAACACAGGCUCGUCUGUAAAGGCGAGGACGACUGGUCCGACUCCGCCCUCAGGUCUGUGGCAGCCGGCACCGACGGAGAGCCCAGCUCCACCAGGACGCUCUCUAUCAAGACCGAACCGGAGGAUGGCGCGUUCCCUGAGAUACAGAUGGUCCGGGUCGGUGAGCACGCCACCAGAAGCCGUAGAUCACGGCUCAGUGACGCGGCACGAAACAACCUGCAGGGUGAGAAAGCAGCCUCCGACUGCGACCCCGAGCCCGGCGUCUCAGGCGAGCCUUAUGAAGGCCACAUGUCGGGCAGCGAAGAGUCGGGAGUCCCUCCAAAGCUCCGCAAGCUGAAAGACGAGAAGCAGGACGGGGACGGGGCACCCUGUGAGCUCUGCGGCACUCUGUUAACGGGCGAGGACAAGUCCGCCCACUACCUGUCCAACCACAUGGGUCACAUCUGCGCCUGCGGGAGGUGUGGCCAGGUGCUGAUCAAAGGCCGGCAGCUGCAGGAGCACGCAGAGCGCUGCGGCGAGUCCCUGGGCGGAGAGUCGGAGGACGAGGCGUCGCUGCCGGAGGAGCCGCAGGGGAUGGAGGUGGAGGCAGCCGACCUGGCCUGCCCUCACUGCGGGAAGCUGUUCCAGAGCGAGGGCCUGGCGCUGGACCACGCCCUGUCCUGCCACGAGCAGGAACAGCUCCGCCCCGUGCUGCUGGAGGAGGGCGAACCGGAUCACCGCCGCAAACACUUCUGCAGCAUCUGCGGCAAGGGCUUCUUCCAGCGCUGCCACCUGCGGGAGCAUUACACCGUGCACACCAAAGAGAAGCAGUUCACCUGCCAGACCUGCGGGAAGCAGUUCCUGCGGGAGCGCCAGCUGCGCCUGCACACCGACAUGCACAAAGGCAUGGCGCGCUACGUGUGCCCCGUCUGUGACCAGGGCACCUUCCUCAAACACGACCACGUCCGACACAUGAUCUCCCACCUGUCCGCCGGGGAGACCAUCUGCCAGGUGUGCUUCCAGAUCUUCCCCGGCGGAGAGCAGCUGGAGAAGCACAUGGAC